AUGUGCACUCUCCUACGCUUUCUUGCAUCCACUUUGAUAUAAGGUGAGAUAAAAAGUAUUUUUAUGUUUAUCUGACAUGGUACAUGCAUCGGCCAUAGAGGGCAAUACUUAAAAAAUUGUGUGUUUAACCGGGGAACACAUGAGAGAGAUUAAAGAGUGACUCUGAUUACUUGUAUAAAGUGUAGGUCAUGCCGACCACUUGUAGAGUAAUGUGAUGAAUAGCUGUGAGAGCUCUAACGCCAGCACAAAGCUACAGGGAUCCAAAAGCUCUGAGCUUUGGGAAGAAUCAUCAAGUAACAGCAACAAAGAAGAGGCGUCAGAGAAAAUUGAAAAAAAGAAUCGAACUGAUAAAGGAGAAAGUGAUACGUCAUCAACUGGAAACGAUUUUGGCGUGCCGCGCGGAACUCUGGUCAUUUGUCCACGAAAUUCUGGGGGUUUCUUAGGAGAUCACAGUUUUUCUCGAAUUAAACAACGAAAUAGUUGUAGUAAUCGGAAUGAAUUUCGAAUGGCUCGUGGAAAUAAUAAUGGCGAACGAGUCAGAGGUAAUACUCGAGGAAGACCUUUUAAGAAGAAUCAGAAUGAUAGGGAAUCAAGUCAUGAAGGAGGAUAUCAUCCGACCUCUAGACAAAAAUUUCAAGAAUCGUUGAAGAAUCAAGAUAACUGCCAGAAUAAAUAUUAUGAUGAUAAACGAUCAAACGAUGAAUCACGAAUUAUAAAAAUUCUUCAACGCCUAUGUCGAGAAGAUGAUGAUAUUUUUCUAGAUCUCUCUAAACAAGUCCUAGAGAGCUUGAUGGUACCUGAAAAUCAAAGAUUUAUCCGACGAAGUUUGGAAUCAAUAUGUGAAUUUCUGUAUGACGCAUUACAUUUAGGUCCUGACGUAGAAUCCCAACAACAAAUUGUCAAGUGUCUCGCUUAUGUUGGAUACAUUUCUAAUCAAGAGUUCAAAAGAUAUUUAGAAUGGAUAUUUAAAAAAUAUGGAAUGGAACGAAAAGAUGAAGUAAAGUGUUUAUUAUUAACUUCAUUAGGUGAAACAUUGAAAUUGGAUAUUGGAACAUCAAAACUAAAAGAUUUUUUCAUGGCCACAAUGUCUCGAUUACAAUCGACAUUAGAGAACGUUGACCGUCCAGACUUAUUAGUAGCAAUUGUUGACGUUAUUCUAAUUAUUAUCGAUAUAUCUCCAAAAAUAUUUUCCAAUUAUUUUCAUGAUGCUGUUGAUAUUCUUGUUGGAUGGCAUAUUGACUAUACACAGCCUAAAUCUGUUAUUUGUUAUGCCAGUCGAAGCUUGCAGAAAUUCAGUUCUUUCUGGAUUAGUGAUUUUCAAUUCACUCUCACAUUAUUAAGCCAAUUUUUAGAGGAUAUGGAAAGUUAUGAUGAAGAAUUGACAAUACCAAGUUCUGGAAGAAGUUCUCCCGGAGAAGAACCAGUUCCUGGGCCUAAAGAAUGUAUCGUUAGAAUAACAUCACUCAUCUCAGUAUUUAAUACCGUAAUUAAAAGUGUCUCUGAUAAUCUUAAUCCCAAUAUAAAUCCUGCGGUCCAAUGGAGUUUUUUAAGUGAUUGUUUAUUAAAAAUGUUGAAAAUUGUAAUUAAAGCCAUAAAAGUUGAUGAGAGUAAAGAUAGUCUAGAUGAAAUACAGAAUAUAAAAGCUAAAGACAGUAUUGAAGAUUGGCGAGAUUAUAUAAAAGGUUUAAAAUUAUCUCAAAAAAGUGUUGAUAAUCUUUUGAGAAAUUCUAAUCAAGACAAAAAAAAUAGUCAUCAAAAUUUUACAAAAAUGAUCAAAUCUUUAUGUUCAGAAAAGAAGAAAAAAAAUGAUAAAACUAAUUCCAAUUCAGAAGGUACAUUGGAUAAAGACAAAGAAGAAGCAUUGAUCAAUUUGUUCAAAUCCCUAGAGAUAAAAGAGAAAAGUUAUAAAACUGACGAUCCAUCACAAGAGAAAGAAGAAUUAAUUAUUGUAGCAAAUGAGUGUGCUUAUCAUUUAUUAAGUUUUCUCCAAACUCGUAUUACAAAAAAUCAUGAACUUCUUUUUGAGUUUAUCGACCUUCAAUUAAACAAAAUAAACAUUCUCUUAGACGAAACAGUAGUAUCAACAUUGAAUAUCAUCUCAAAGGUUAUCAAGGAAGUAUCAGCAAACCUGCCACUGGAACUUGUACAUAAAUUACUGGGGAAAGAAUCUAAACUGCUACAAUUACGAUUAAGAAAUUCAAUACCAAUACAAAAUGCAACUCUCUUAGUUUAUCAUCGUCUUUUGGGUUUGAAAAAUAUUCCAUUACUUCAAGAGGUAUAUAAGUAUAUACUGAGUGAUUUGGAAAUAGCAUACAAGUUAAUAAUAAAUAUUGAAGGAUUUGUGACAAAUAAUCCAUUGGAAGACAUGAUCUAUGAACAUCAUAAUGCUGAAUUCAUAGUCAUUUUUCUUUUGCGAGCACUUUCAGAUCUAGCAAAUGCUAGUAAUUCCAUAAUUGGUAUGUGGGCAUUGAAACCCAGCAUAUUUGAAUUAUUAGCAGUGCAAAUGCAACCAUAUGACAUUAAUUUAUCACAAAAUAAUCCUCUACUUCAAUACAGCAUUAUUUAUUUACUUUAUUCACAUUGUUCUCGAUAUAAUCAUUUCGUUCCAAGUUCUAGUCUCAUCACAGGAUCAACACUCUGUCGCCCUAUCGAUAUUUUUCCAGGAGCUCUUGAUGUGCCAACUACUUCUCCUACUAGUGGUCAUUUGUCAACAAUUCUGAAUCUCAUUGGAAAAUGUUUUGAAAUAAACACCACGAAACAAACAAUUUUGCUUUUAUGUAAUUGGAUUCACGAGAUUUUUAUUCAAGCUGAGAAUUAUAUCGGAAUUCUCAAAGAAACUGAUGAAUAUAAAAUGAUUAUAUCAAACUUAUUAACUCAUGGAGCAACAACAAAUCAUAAAAUUGCCUCUAUUAUAUGUAAAAAUCUUGAAUUAAUAAUAAGUGAUAAAAAAAUUACUUGGCCAGAAAAUAUGUAUGUGGAAAUCGUUGAUCUUGCAAUUCUUCAUCUUACAUCAUGUGAUAAAAAUAUUCGCCAACAAUAUGGUAAUCUUUUAAUGAAUAUACCUAUUAAUAUUGUUAUCUCGAAAAUUAACAGACAAUGCCUUCAAUCAGAAACAAAAAAGUUACGAGCUAUUGAAAAUUAUUCAAUUGAAUCUUUAACUGUUGCUCAGAGACUCCAUAUGCGUGGUAAUAAUAAUGACAGCCACAGUAACUUUAAUUCUAAUAAUAAUAUUCUCAGUACUAAUAGUAAUGGCAAUAGUAGUAACAAUAAUAAUAGUUUGAAUAAUGGUGAAAUGCCAACUCAACAUUUCAAAACAUACAUGGCAUUUUUAUUGCAAGAUUAUGAGCUUGAUACUUUUGGUUUAUCUGAAAUAUUUACUUUAUGUUGGCCUGCAGUAUCUCAAAAUAAAACAAUUGCAAAAAUGUAUGAAUUUGGUUUAACAAAUCAGUCAUUCUUAUUUUUUUGGAGUGGAAUUGAAGCAGCACAGCACUGUGUAUUGAAUAAACUUCGAACACCUUUGGGAAAACCUCAAGAAACUUUUACAACUAUCGAAGGAGCUUUAAAAGCACUGGCUCGUGAUAUAUCCUGUAAAUCGGAAGUUGUAAAACAUGACAAUCGAGGCUUUGAUUAUUCACUUCAUGAACAUACGAGAGUGAGAUUGUUUGUAGAAUUUUUAGAACAUUUAGAAAGAGUCAUUCAUAAUGCAGCAGAAGGAUGUGCAGUAGCUUUAGCAUCAUUUCCUAAACCAGUGAGAACUUUUUUCCAUACGAAUAAAUCAACUUGCAAAGAAUGGCUGAAUAGAAUAAGAUUAGCUUUGUGUGUAGUGUCUCUCCAUGCAGGUUUAGCUACAAAUGCUUUACGAAAUGGGCAACGACUUUUAGAAGAUUUAAGUGAUGCUGAUAAUACUCAAGGAGCGGAAUUUGAAAGAGCUGUAUUAUGCACUGCUCAAGCUUUAGUAAUGUUAGGAGAAGCUGAGGCUCUUCAGGGGUUAUAUAUUUACACUAAGGAACGUGAAAAAAAAUUCUUAUGGUUAAAAGCAGCGAUGGAAGAAGCUGCUGGCCAUUAUGAAAGCGCUGCUGAGAGCUACAAAUUAAUUAUUAAAGAACUUGCAUAUACUAAAUCUGAAGAAUUUGAAACAGAAGUUGCUACAGAAACAUCUAAGGUUGAUGGAGAUUCACAGGUUGCAGCUUUCGUUAUGCAGAGAUUGACUAAAUGUUAUUCGGCCGUUGGUAAUUGGAAACAAUUAGAAAAUUGGAAAAUUCGAGAAGCUGAAAUCUUGAAAAAAAAGUGCAAUUCGAUAUUGAAAAAGCAAAUUCAAAUUACUUCAAAUGUACAACAAGCUAAAUGUUUGAAAGAUUUUGAAGCAGGUCAGCUAUCUACGCUUGAAGAAUUAUCAGAUUGGAUGUUACUUGAUGAAAAAGCUACCACUAACUGGAGCUGUUCAAAAACUAUUUCAGAAUGCUCUAAUACUCUGAUUAAUAUUGCUCUGAAAAUUCGUGCUGGUGAUGAAAAUAAUGAUUACUUUCGAGAACAUGUUGAAUUUUGUAAAAAAGUCACUUCUAAAACUAUUGAGGAAGGUCUGAGAAAUAUGCCGUCUGAGUAUCUCAAUGAUUCGAUAUUAAUUCAAUACUCAGCCAGAGGACUGGCAGAUCUUCUUGCCAAUAAAAAGGUUGAUGUGUUUGAAUUGUUGCGAGUGAAUAAGAUAAAAAAUCUUGGCUGUGGAGUCAUGAACCAAAUAUUGUGGUGGUCGGAAUAUUUUUCUGGAUCGUCAGAAAGUAAUUUAUCAUCUAUCGAUCAUGUGUCUAGUUUACGGUUAGAUGUAGCUAAAAGUGCAAGAAAAGAAGGUAAUUUCAAACUUGCUAAACGACAGAUAGAAAAAUAUUUUACUACAGAACAUCUUUUGAGAACUGAGAUUACUGGUGACCAUAAAUUCUCUGAAAUUACGUCGAGCAUCUUAGACAAACCAUUAAAUAUUAAUUGGACGAAGAAUAAUAUGCGAGCAUUUAAAGAAAUGUCAAAAUUACUUUACAACAUGGAUCUUAUUGAAGAUGCUGUAAAAGUUUGCAGCGUAACUGCAUUAGGAAUAUCUAAAGCUAUUGUUAAUUCUGAUCAAGUACUGUCAGAUGAUUUAAGAGAAACAGGAACAAAAUUAAUUCUUACUCUGGGAAAAUGGAUUCAACAGCAGGAAAUAAAUAUUUCAGAUCAUUCACAAUUAAAUGAAUUAUUAAAAUUUGAAGCUUUGCAUAAUGAUGGAUUAAUGGAUAAAAUUUUUGGCCAAACAACUGAAUUAAUUCCUCACUCUGACAUGGUGCUUGGUAAAUUGAUGCAAUUAGGAGUAAAUCAAUGUCCAGAUUUGGCAGCUGCUUGGGCAAACUAUGCUGGUUGGUGUUACAAGUGGGGACGAAAAAUCGUCGAUAAUUCAAACUCGGGACAACUGACUGAUGCUGAUGUGAAUAAUAUACGUGCUUUACUUCCUGAGAAUAUUUCGGAGGCUGACUCAAAUGCAACACUUUUGAUUCUCAGCCAGAAUAAAAGUAUUCCUGAAGAUGAAGGUGAUAUUGAAACAAAUGACGUGAAAACUUCAGAUAUGAUCGAAAAUCAAUUACGCCAAAUACCAGCAUUAUCAGGUGCUACUAGUCAACAUCUUGGAUUGCUUAUUGAUAUCUGGAGACAAGCACAAAAGAGAAUUUAUUCAUAUUAUGAGCUUGCUGCCAAAGCUUAUUUUAAAUUUCUUGAUUUAUCAAGUAAUGAAUCCAAUGACUGUGCUACAAUAACUGCUACAUUACGACUUUUAAGACUGAUUGUGAAACAUGCGUUAGAGUUACAAAAUGUUCUGGAAACUGGACUUUCCACAACACCUACACGGCCUUGGAAAGAAAUUAUUCCUCAAUUAUUUUCAAGAUUGAGUCAUCCAGAGUCUUAUGUUCGCACUAGAGUAUCAGAACUCUUAUGUAGAGUUGCAGAAAAUAGUCCACAUCUAAUAACUUUUCCAACUGUAGUAGGAGCUGUAUCUGAUCAUCGAAAAGUCCUUGAAGAACUUCCAACUAGGUAUGAAAAUUCUCCAAAUGAGUUUGAUUUUGAUGAAGAUGAUAGUGAAAAUGUUAUUUCAUCAAAUGUCAGUGGAGAGAUUGAUUCUCAUGAUGAUGAAAAUAAAAAUUUUAUGGAUGCAUGUUUUGCCCAACUGGCUGAAUGUCUCUCUAACAAUAAUCAUGAUUCUGUUAGCCAUGUAAAAAUACUUGUAAAAGAACUCAGACGAAUAACACUAUUAUGGGACGAAUUGUGGUUUGCAACAUUUUGCCAACAUCAUUCUGAAUUUUCAAAAAAGUUUGAACAAUUGGAAGCAGAAAUUCAAAAAGUACAAGACAACAUAUGGCUAACAAGCGAAGAAAAAGAACAAUUAAUAGUUGAAAAAAAUAGAAUUAUUUUAAAGCCAAUAGUAUUUGUUUUAGAAAACCUUUGGGUUAUAACUUCAGUACCUGCAGAAACUCCACAUGAGAAAUUCUUUCAAGAAAAGUUUGGACCUUAUAUUGAAGAAGUAAUAAAAAGAUUAAAGAAUCCUAAAAAUCCAACAAGACCACAAUUUUUAUUGAUUUCAUUGAAACAAUUAGAGGCCAAAUUAGCACAAAGAAUAAAUAAAAGAGGAACUUAUACACUUUCAAUGAAAGAUAUUAGUCCAGUUCUGGCAAACAUGAAAGAUACUCAAAUAGCGAUGCCAGGUGUUCUUGCUACAGAUCGUGAUAGAAUAGUUACAAUAAAAUCUGUUGACAACAAUGUCCAGAUCCUUCCCACAAAGACUAAACCAAAAAAAUUAAUAUUCCACGGUUCAGAUGGUCAUGUCUACACGUAUUUAUUUAAAGGGCUUGAAGAUCUGCAUUUAGAUGAAAGAAUUAUGCAAUUUUUAAGUAUUUGUAAUACAAUGAUGUCAAAGAAUAAUGAUACCAGAAAAGUGUAUAGAGCUCGACAUUAUUCGGUAAUUCCAUUAGGACCAAGAUCAGGAUUAAUUCAAUGGGUGGAUGGAGUAACACCUUUAUUUGCUCUAUAUAAACGUUGGCAGCAACGAGAAAGUUCAAUGGCUGGCGCUCGUGGAGCUACUGGAAAUUCUGCAGCUAUUAUGAGACCAUCUGAAUUAUUUUAUAAUAAACUUGGUCCACUAUUAAAAGAACAAGGGAUUUCAUUAGAAAAUAGAAAAGAAUGGCCUCUUACAAAUCUCAAACAAGUACUAACUGAAUUGAUGGCAGAAACUCCAAAAGAUUUAUUGGCAAAAGAAAUUUGGUGCAAUAGUAUUCACGCUGGAAAUUGGUGGCAAGCGACAAAAAGUUAUUCUUACUCUGUUGCAGUAAUGUCAAUUAUAGGCUACAUAAUUGGUCUCGGUGAUCGUCAUUUGGAUAAUGUCCUUGUAGAUUUAAAUACUGGAGAAGUUGUUCAUAUUGAUUAUAAUGUAUGUUUUGAAAAGGGAAAAACACUUCGAGUACCUGAAAAAGUUCCUUUUAGAAUGACACCAAAUAUCAAAACAGCUCUAGGAGUUACUGGAGUUGAAGGAAUAUUCAGGUCAGCUUGUGAACAUACAUUAAGAGUGAUGCGACGUGGCCGAGAAACAUUAUUGACUUUACUAGAGGCUUUUGUGUAUGAUCCAUUGGUUGAUUGGAGAGCUGGAGCGGAAAAUAGCAUUGCAAGUUAUGGAGCCUGUCAAGCUCGAGCUCGAUGCGCUGGAAUUGGUAGAAAACAACUGGAAAAAGAAUUAACUCGAGCAAUGUUUUCUGUGAGAAUAGCUGAGAUGCGUACUGAGUGGAUAACAAAUCGAAAUGUAAUGAUGAAAACUUUGCCUAUGCUUUCUCAUCAAUUGGCUGAAUGGAUGGAGACAAAUGAUUCAUUACGUCAAUGUCAAGAUUCAUUACAAGAACGUCAUCAACAAUUAAAUUUAGUGAAAGAAGCUCAAACUAUAGGAAAAAAUCAUUCUUUAUAUUCUGUUGUCAAAAGAUAUAAUGCUUGUAAAAAGGCAAGAGAUGCGCAUGAAAAAGCCAAAUGUGGACUUCAAAAAAAAAUAGAAGAAUGUGAGAAACAAAUAAAUAUACAUAAUAUGGCUUUAACGGUUCUCAGAGGCCCGAAGUUGGCAAAAUGGUUAACAGAGUUUGAAACAUCAUCAUCAACACGAGAAGAUCACAUGGUAUUUGAUUUGGUUAAAGAAUUUUUACAAAAUGCUGGUCAAAAUUCAAUGGUAGUCGAGUGUGAACAAUCAGAGAAUAAAUUAACACAAUUAAUAACACAAGAAUCACUAUUAAUUCGUAAUUGUAUUGAUUUAUUGAGUCAAUAUGCUUCUAUUUGUAAUUUAUACCCUCUGAGUACUUUAGCUCAACAUCGAUCAGUAGUUUAUCAUUCAUGGGCUACUAAAUUACUAAAUACAAGAACUGUUGAUACAUGCAAUGAAGUAAUAGCUCAAUUUGAAGCUAACUAUCAAUCAAUAACAACGAAUGACUCAAGAGUUCAACAGGUAAUAGCAUUCUCUUUCCAGAUACAAGCUAUAAUAAAUGACGUAAAUGAGAAAUGUAAAAAGUAUUAUGAAAGAAUGGUAACAAACGAAGGAUUGCCUGAUGCACAAACAAGGAUUGAUAAGAUAUAUAAUGAUACUAUUUCACAAAUGAAAACAUUUUUAAGAAGGGAAAAGGCAGCAGAUAAAGCAUUGGAGUCAGUUAAUAUCAUCGCGCUAUGUGCUUUAAAUAAAAGGUACCUGAUGAUGGAAGGAGCAGCUAAAUGUGCUGGCGAGUGUCUAGUGGAUUUAACUUUACGAGAAGGUGAUUGGUUUCUUGACGAAAUGCGUUUAAUGUCUUCCCUAAUUGUUGAACUUACAAAUCUUAUACCAGUUGACUCAAUGUCUAUCCAAAAUGAAUGUCACGAUGAAAUAUUAAUUUCUCGUGCUCUACAAUGUCUAAAAAGUGCGGAUGCUAUUUAUGAAGGUCUUCAAGAGCUUAAUUAUAAUUUCCAUAUGAUAAUUCUCCCUGAAGCAUUAAAAACAAUUAUUACCGAAGAGCCAAGUGUUAUAAUGAUGAUAAAUGAGCUAGAUGAUAUUAUUCUUUCAGCUGAAAAACCAUUAGGAGAAAUUCUCGGACAAUUGGAAAUGCACUUACGAUUUACGUUAAUGGAUAUGGAAAGCCCACAUGCAAUCGUUCAAAGUCUAGUAGCAAAUAUGAGACUAAGGUUUGAAGCAUUACAAUCAAGAUCAACUGAUGAUAUUAACCAAGAUUCUGAAUCUCUCAUGCCAGGACAGAUGUUAUUAAUGGGCUUUAAUGGUCUUUUUGAAAAACUUCAUGUUGAAGGAAAUACUCUUAUAACUUCUCUAGCAACUCUUGAUAUUCCUACAUGCUGGAAAAAAAUAGAUCAAAUAAGAGAAGCAAAAGAAAUUGCAGUUCCAAUAUUCCACGAGAAUGCUCGUCGUGUCUUGAAUGAUAUUUUCUUAAUAAAACGUCUGCAGACCAUCCAAGAAUUUUUUACUAUGUGUCGAGAUAUUGCAAAUUCUUUUAAAAGUACCGACACAUCAGUGACGAUUUAUGACGACGAUCGAUUGAAUAAGCCUGUCAAGACUUUUAUUGCCGACUAUGUUUCACGUCAGCUUCUCGGUGUGACUUCCCAAACGCUUGCCAUAGCUCUAUGUCUUUUGCUCCAACGUAUGGGGUUGAAUGUCACUGGAGAAAUUGAACAGAGAGAUAUUGGUGCUGAAAGUAAAGUAUCCAUUGAAGAAUUAUGCAGAAAAAUGGUUGACACUUGUUUAAAGUCUGGAGUCUUCUCAGGUUCAGUUCUUGGACAAGCAAGUUCACUUGAAAAUACAUUAGAAAACAUCUGGAGAAGAAAGCAAUGUGCCAGAAUGGCUCAACAAAGUGUUGAAAUAACUCGAGCCACACUUCAAAGAUUACAACUUCAAUUAACAGCUCAUUAUUGGCUUCAUGAGGAUAGUAUUUUGCUUGCCAGAACUAAUUUAAAUGCUAUUAACCUACUUAAUAGACCAGCAUUUAUGCUUGAACUUCGCAAAUCUGCAACAGCACUCUCUAGUUUACAAUCUCGUAUUAAUGAAAUUCAAGAUCAACAACGAAGUCUUGUUGAUAGUGUAGAUCAACGUCUAAAGUGGGCAAUUGGUGCUAAUCCAGCUCUCGUAGAAGUGAUGGUUGCAUUUAACAAUGCUGUACUUUUAUCUAAUGAAAAAUUAACACGCAAACAAUACCUUACAUCAAUCAUUACCGCAAUCUGUGAUUCUAUUCUUCAUUAUGAAGCUUUGAGAACGAAAACGUCAGAGAGUAUUACUCAUGAUACCAAUUUCAUUAAAUUACUGAAACAGUGGGAAGAAAGCCGCUUACUGCGAUCUAAUUUAUCAGUUAGCGUCUCGUUAGCGGAAGAAAAUCUUAUAGAGAUGCUACAAUUAGAAAAUAAUAUUGAUGCUGAUUGGCUGAGACGUGCUGAAAGUCUGAUAUCAGAUGCUAUUAUUGAAAAUCAGAAGAUAUUACAGAAAAAACAAGAAAUGCAUGCAAUAGCAAAUGAAAGAUUGAGAAAAUAUAUUGGUAGUUUACAAGGUAUUCUUACUAAUCAUCAUCGAUUAAUGACUGAUGUUCGAGGUUUGUUGAAGACCAUGCUGAAACAAGAAAAUAUAUCCGGACUUGGUGAAUUUUUAACAGAAUAUAGGAUAUUCACCGAAGGAAUUUCUACUUUAGUAAAGGAUUUAGAAUCCGAAAAUUUGGAACCUCUUCGAGUUAUUGAAGCAGAAGGCCUGUUGAAUACUUUAUUAUUGAAAGUGCCAAAGAUCUAUGAUGAAUUAUUAGAACUUGCGAAUGAAUCAAACAAAAAUAAGAUGGAUGAGAAUCAGGUGAUUAAUAAGAAAAAAAAUAAUUUGCUGAGACAAGAUCCGAACAUGUGUCUCAGCCCGCGGAAGGGAAUUCCAUUGACCAGAGAUCCUACCACAGGCAAAGCUGUGCAAGAAAGAAACGUGUAUGCUCUUAAUGUCUGGCGUCGUGUACGCAUGAAACUGGAAGGUCGUGAUCCGAAUCCAUCACGAAAAUAUACAACGGCUGAGCAGGUAGAUUAUGUGAUCCGUGAAGCACAAAAUAUGGACAACUUGGCCCUGCUGUAUGAGGGUUGGACUCCGUGGGUGUGAACGCGCGGAUGCCGGCGCAACCGCGUCGUUGGGUUCGACUCUCUAUUUAAAAUUGUACUAAAUACUGUACCUAAUUAAAGCCCUACCAUCUCGUAGUGGCAAUCAAAUCGAUUGGCCAGAUGUGCAAAUGUUUGCACAUUACAUAUCGACGAAAGCUGAAUAUAAAAACACGGUCGAGGAUCUACCGCAUCUCAAUACGCGGAUAAAUAUAAUGUUGAAAAGCUUCAUAAGAAAUGCUCACAAAUUCACAUUCGUGAAUUGGACAUUAACUAAUUCAGUCUAGAAUUUGAAGGUUUCAUUACGUGGAUUAAAAACUCCUCUAGGAGUUAGAAGUCCAAGUAAUCGGUUAUAUUUCAAAAAAAUUAAUACUUAUCGAUAUCGCACAUGUUAUUUAAUUUUAUUUGCUCGUGACAAUUUGUCUGAGUGUUUAUAUCCGUUUAUCAGAGAAUAAUUAAAGCUGAACGAUAUCGAUAGCGUCAAUUAAUUUAAUUAUUAUAUUUCUGAAAUAAUGCAAAUGGAUAACGUGUGAUAAAAAUCUAAACAUAUUUUCUUUUUUUUUUUUUUCUAAAUAUUUGGACCUAUAGUAUAUAUUCGAACGAUUCUCUUUUAUUA